AUGCCACUAACGUCUGUUGCAGAGAUCGAGAGGAAAAUCAACAAGCAUCUGAGGCGGUGGUUAGGAGUGCCGCCAAGCUUUACCGCGAUAGGGCUAUAUACAAAGGCAGGGCAGAUGCAGCUCCCGCUGUCGUCAGUGGAGGAGGAGUACAAAGUAGCCAAAUGCAGAACUGUCAUGCUGUAUAGGGACUCUCACGACCAGAAAGUUAGAGAUGCCGGAGUCACAACUAGAGCAGGUCGGAGGUUCAAAGCUGACUCACUGGUAGACCAAGCAGAGGGAAUGCUGGUGCUGCGAGACAUUAUCGGAAUUACCAACAUCGGAAGACAGGGCUUAGGUUCCACCCACUUCCAACAGUGGGGAAAGGCAAACAGAGAGGAGAGAAGGUCUCUAGUUCAGGAGGAAGUUAGGAAGCUAGAGGAAGAAAAGCGGAUAGCGAAGGCAACCCAGAUGGCAACACAGGGUGCGUGGACAAAGUGGAACCUUCCCAGCAAGAAAAUCUCAUGGGCAGAUCUGUGGAAUCUCGAACCUUAUCGCAUAUCCUUCAUGCUAAGAUCAGUCUACGACACCUUACCUUCACCAUCCAACCUAUACAGAUGGGGGCUAAGAGAAGACCCAGCAUGUAAACUCUGUGGGGAGAGAGGCACCAUGGCCCAUAUACUGUCUUCAUGCAAAACGGCUCUUGCCCAGGGUCGGUAUCGCUGGCGCCACGACAAGGUGUUGACCGUGUUAGCAUGCUCCCUAGAAGAAGCCAGGAAGAGAAAGAGACAGGGAAGCACGAGGCCGGGGUCAACAAUCGACUUUGUAAGAGAGGGGGAGAGGAGAACGACCACAGGCAGAUCUAGAGAAGUAGGCAACAUUCUGGAGAAGGCGAAGACAUGGGAGCUCAGAGUCGACUUGGGGAGGAAGUUGCAGUUCCCCAAAGUAGUUCAGACAAAGCUACGUCCAGACGCAGUGCUGUGGGCAGAAGCUGAGAAGAAGAUAGUUCUCGUCGAGCUAACUGUCCCCUGGGAAGAAAGGUGUGAAGAGGCGUACGAGAGGAAGAAGAACAAGUAUCAGGAGCUCAUAGAUGAGUGCAGAAGUAAAGGAUGGCAGGCGUGGCUGUUUCCUGUAGAAGUGGGUUGCAGGGGCUUUCCGGCCCAGUCAGUAUGGAAGCUGUUCACUGCCAUAGGUGUGAAAGGGAAAGAGAGAAAGGUCGCAGUUCGCAAGCUGGGUGAGGCGGCAGAGAGGUCAUCCUGCUGGUUAUGGAGUAGAAGAGAAGAAAGUUGCUGGAAGCCUGGCGGAGAGGAUGUGCAGUGA